CAACAACCAGUGCAACAAGUUAUGUGCACCUUAUUUAUGGUGGUAAGAAAGCCAGGUCACUGCUUGACAUUAUUUGUAAGUCGUAUCAGAGACAAAACCAGCAUUGCACGUCUAGUCCGAGGUACUAUUUUCUGUACGGGUACAGCCUUAAAGAAGACUGAUUUCCUGUAAACAAGCAGUGUAGCCGAAGCACUUCGACUAGCAUUAAGCUUUGCGAUCGUGACUACGGAUGAUUCUGAAAUGAAUGCUGGCUAAACAUUCAAGGAAUAUCAACAAGUCAUUCAGGGGUUUGAAUGUAAUAUGCAGUCGUAGGGCUUUUCUAUUGGAAGUAUUAAUAGGGAAAUUAGAGAUCGAACUACAAUGCCAACUAUGAAGACACGAUGUACGAGGAUCUACAAAUAUUAUGUAUUGCUACUAAUGAUGGCUUCCCUUCUAAGCAACCAGAUGUGUCAAUUUGCACUUAUUGCCACAAUUCGAAGUAUGUCUGCAGAACUAAAGUUUGGCGACAAAAUUUGUGGGACGGGAGAAGUGAUGGGUGAAACCCUCGAAGGGACGAAAAAUAACUCCAUGGCUGAUCCGGUUUACGUCAUACCAAACAGCACGCUUCCUGUUUCACCACAAUGUAUAGCAGACGGAGAUAUGUGCCUUGCGGACGCAUUGCUGAAAUCAAACACAACAACGUCGCUAAAUUUAAACAUCACAACAGCACCGUCGGCGCAGUGCAAGUGGCGUUAUAUGGGUACGGGAGUGGCGUUCCAGGUACUGGCAGGACCCCUGUUUGUUGUCAUAUUUGGAUGCAGUCAUUUUCCCGUGGGUAUUUUAGCUCAUAGCGGUAAAAUCAACCCCCGGCUUAUGUCUGCUGUAUGUAUUCUAUUAUGGAGUGUGUUUGCAAUUUUGACUGGUUCCAGUAGGACGUUCUGGCAAGUGGCGAUAACUCGUCUCCUCAUGGGUGCUUCUGCUGGAGCUGGGAUGGCGGUGAAUUUGGGAAUAGUUGCAGCCUACUUCCCCCCGAAACAAAUGGGCAAAGCGUUAUCGUUCUUUAACGUUGGUACUUAUCUUGGUUUCUCGAUGGCAUUCCUGUUCGUCGCUCUUGAUCGUGUCACAGACUGGAGGAACAUAUAUUAUUUGUGUGGCUCUGUUGGAGCGGCCUUAUCUUUGCUCGUGCUUGCUACUGUCAGGAACAAAGACCCACAAGAUACGGGAAACAUAAGUCAAUCGAAAUCCCCCGAAGAAGACAAUCCAGUGUCAAAAACGGAUCAAACACAAAACGACACACUUUUAAGUGAUUUAUCGAAGGUGAAUGACAAUCAAAAUGUUAAAUCAGAAGAUGUUUCAGAUAAAGAAUUGCAAAAUCCAGAUGAAAAAGAAACCCCUCUAGUCAAUAAGUCAACACCCGAGGCAAAGACCGAUGAACAAAGUCUAAAAAAUAUGUUCAGAGACUCCGCAAAGCUUUUUUGGACAAUGAUUCGAAAUCCUGUGUUGGUUGCAUUAUUCGUAGGGGGUGCUAUACGUAUGGGCGCUGGCCUUAUAUUUGGCUAUAACAUCAACAACUUCUACUUCAUCUACCAUCCCAAGAUAAGGGUAGAGAAAUGGUUGUCCUGGAUUAUCCCAGUAUUUGGGGCUUCCGGCGCAAUGGCUGGUGGGGUACUUUCUGAUAUUAUGUUCAAACGCAUCGGCCCAGUUGGGAGACUCAUCAUAUUACUCCUUAGUUUUGUGAUUAGCAUGCCACUCAUUACAGCUGUUUUCUUUACCCCUCCACCGUGGAGCCAGAUCCUCCUCAUACCAGUGUUCUUCAUCUCUGAGAGCUGGAUCGGAGUCUGUGUUGCAGCGGUUGUGGAUCAAGCACAUGUAACCAAGGGACCCGCCUACAUCGCCAUCUUUCAAUUCGUCAUAAUGAUAAUUGGAGGACCAAUGACCGUAUUGGUGGCGCCACUGUCUUCUGGGUUACAUGGUCUGAAAUACUCAUUGCUGUUUUUAAUGAUGUUGUGUUUAUCACUAAGCAUUGUGAUAUUUUCAAUCCCAUGUUUUAUUUUAUACAAAAGACGACGAACAACAGAACAAUGA